AUGGAGAAAUCAGUGACGAUCCUUCAAAUACACCUCCAUCAUCCCCAGCAGGAUUCUGGGAUCUUCAGGGACAUUCCACAACAUUUGCACCAUGACGACACUAAUCUCCUCUUCGGGAGAGGGCACGACGCUCAUCUGAAAUUCCGGCUUCCGGGAAUCUCCCGCCAGCACAUGUGCUUGGAGCCAUACCUAGAAAAAGGCAAUGUCUCCCUGGGCUUCUGUCUGAAGAUCCUGAGCAAAAACAGCAAAGUGUGGGUGAAUGGGCUCAGUCUCAAAUACCUGCAACAGGUCCCUCUGACGGACGUCUCCCAGAUCAUGUUUGCUGGGAUCCAGAUGGUGAUCCGCAUUGAGGCCGCAUUUCCAGGGAAGAGUUUGCUUGCCAACUUCAUUUCAGCAGCUCACCUCUGAUUUACCAGGCCAAGGCGGAAGAGACAGAUGAAUU